GGUAGGGAAAGUGAGGGAGACGCAAUUUUGCCGUUUUGUCCGUCUUCUGGAAAAACGACACUCAACGCACGCCGCACUACUGAGUCGCUUCCGUAAACACAAGGUGAGCGCAGAAGGAGUGAGGUGUCUACGCAUGUGCAAAGACAUCUUUAAUUGCCAGGGCAAUACGGUGCCGCAACAUAGCCACAGAUCGGGACACCGGAGGAAAAAUUGAUCUACACUCCCCGAUCACCGGCGGGCCCGGCACGGAUCGUUGCAAUUAACGUCAGAUCACUGCAGUCAUGUCGGUGGCGAAUGACUUCGGAAACCCGCUGCGGAAAUUCAAACUUGUGUUUUUAGGAGAGCAAAGCGUUGGAAAAACGUCCCUCAUCACCAGAUUCAUGUACGACAGCUUUGACAACACCUACCAGGCUACCAUUGGGAUCGACUUUCUGUCAAAAACUAUGUACCUGGAGGACCGAACAGUGCGUUUGCAGCUGUGGGACACUGCAGGUCAGGAGCGCUUCCGGAGCCUCAUCCCUAGCUACAUACGAGACUCCACCGUCGCCGUCGUCGUCUACGACAUCACCAAUGUGACCUCAUUUCAGCUGACCUCCAAAUGGAUUGAAGAGGUGCGGUCAGAGAGAGGAAGUGAUGUCAUCAUCAUGUUAGUGGGCAACAAGACAGAUCUGGAGGAGAAAAGGCAGAUCAGUACUGAGGAGGGGGAGAGAAAGGCACGGGAGCUGAGUGUGAUGUUCAUCGAGACCAGUGCCAAGAAUGGCUGCAACGUCAAACAGCUGUUUCGGCGUGUUGCAGCCGCAUUACCAGGGAUGGAAAGUUUGGAUGAACCUAACAAAGAUGGCAUGAUUGACAUCAAACUGGACAAACAACCUGAAGACUCCACCCCCAAGUCCCGCUGCUCCUGCUAACACUGCGUGAUUGGACAGCCUUAUUUAUGACAUGCUUGUUGUAUUGCUUUCUAUUGGUCAGAGUCAAGCUGGACCCUCUCUGAUUGGAUGUUGGCCUGUUUUCCUGAAUGAGAAUGAAGGGAGUGUGUGAGGUGGGGAGGGUGGUCCUUACGACCACUGGGGGCGGGGAAAGAACAUCUGGUGCCUGCGGGGGACGGGGUUGUGGGUGGCCCUCUGGAUUAACUGGGCGGGGCUUGUGAAUGGAUUGGGUCAUGGAUAAGGAUAUAUAUGAACAGGCAGGGGUUGAUCCUCUGGGCCAUCCUCCAUUCCUCCCCAACACACACUCACACACACAAACACACACACACAUACACACACAUACAUCUCUCACACGCACACACACACA